AUGAAGACUGUUAAAUUCAUAUCUUUUCUUGUUUUCUUCAGCUACAUUAAAUGUCAAACUCUUCAGAGAAGUUUACUAGAUGCAGCCAUGCAGUAUAUUAAAAGCCAGAAUUAUCUGGAGGAAAAUUUAAAAGACAUCACUAGCAUUAUGGUUGCUCAGUUUCUUCAGAAAUCAACUUAUAAAGAAGUCCAAACCAUAGUUAAAGAGUUGGUAGAUCUUGCAGAGAAGUGCAAGACUCUAAAGCGACAUGAGUCACCUUCAGAAUGCUCUCACCACCUGAUGACUACCUUUCUAGAGCAUAUUUGUAAUGACCAAGGAAUGGCUGACAAACAUAUGUUUUCUGACUGUUGCAAUAUCAAUAACAUGGAAAGACACAAGUGCUUCCUAUUACACAAAAAAGAUGAUGCAGAUUACAGUGAUAUAUUCCAAAUUCCAAAUCCUGAGCAGAUCUGUGAGAUGGUCAAAGAGCAUCAAGUGUCAAUGAAGGAGAGGUACAUUUACGAAACUUCUAGAAAGCAUCCAUUCUUGUUUGGACCCACUGUUCUGACCAUGUCUGCUUGCUAUGAAACAGCUAUUCAGUCAUGUUGUCGAGAAGAAAAUAAGACUGAAUGCUUCCAGAUAAAGCUAGAACUGAUCAGGAAAUACACUAGAGAAAUAUCUUUGAGGCAUCACCAUUUAUGUGAAAUUGGGAUUAAAUUCAACCACAAACUAGCAAAAGCAGUGGAAUUGGUUCUGCUGACUAAAAAGCAACCCAAAGCCAACUUUUCUGAAAUUGCCAAACUCACCAUGGUUAUUAAAAAUCUGCAUCAGACCUGUUGUGAAGGAAAUACAGUAGCAUGUGUGGUUGGCAGGAGCCAGCUCAUGAACUAUACCUGCUCUAAACAGGCUGUGCUAUCCAGCAAGAUCACUCCAUGCUGUGAACUGCCAAUGCCAUUCCAAGGAGAAUGCAUUAUCAACUCAGAAAAUGAUGACAAACCUGAUCUUUCAUCCCUGCCACUCAGCAGGUUCACAGAAGACCAAUUUGUGUGUGAACAAUUCACUGACAAGCAAGAUGAAUUCCUACAAGAGUUUCUUUAUGAAUAUUCAAGAAGACAUCCAGAGUUGGCAGUUCCAGUGAUUUUAAGAGUGGGUACAGUAUAUCAAAACUUACUGGGAAAAUGCUGUAUAUUAGAAAAUCCUCUGGAAUGCUAUAGCCAUGGGGAAGAGAUGUUCCAAAGAGUGGUUCGUGAAAGCCAUGAGCGUGUAAAAAAUCACUGUGAUUUACGUGAGAAAUUAGGAGAUAGUAACUUCCAGGACAGGCUCAUAGUCCUUUAUACCAAGAAAGCGCCACAACUAUCUGCUCAAGAGCUGAUUAUGUUCACAAAGAACAUGGCAGCUGCUGCCACCAAAUGUUGCCCACUGAGUGAUGAGCAACAGUUUGUCUGCAUAGAGGACUCGGCAAAGCUGAUUCUUGGAGCUUUAUGCAGAAGACAUGAGGCCGAGCCUAUCAAUGUUGGUGUGGGCCGUUGCUGUGAUGAUUCGUAUGCCUUCAGGAAGCCGUGCUUUGAUGAUCUGCAAGUUGAUGGAACUUACAUUUCUCCACCUUUAUCCUGUGACCAAGUCAUCAGCCUUAAAGGAGACUUGUGCAAAGCUCAGGAGGCGGAAUUCCAAACUGAAAAGCAAAAGAUCCUCAGCAACCUUGUGAAGCAGAAGCUAUAUGCAACACAGAUGCAGUUCCAAUCAAUUAUUGUGGAUUUCACUCACCUGGUGGAGACGUGCUGCCAAGCAGAGAAAAGUGAAAAGUGUUUCCAAGAAGAGGGGUCUAAACUGAUGGAAAAGUGCCAGUCUCUCUUGGAAGGCUAA